AUGUCAGAAGUAUCACUACAUAAACUAGUCACCAAAGCAAUUAAUCAACGACUUCCAUCGAAAUCAUUUAUCUCUUUAAUCAAUCAAUUCAAUGUGAAACAGCCAAUUCAUGACAACCAAUAUAUUCAUGAUUUGCUUGAGCUAGACAACACUCCUACUUUAAAACAACAACGGAUCAACGAAACCAAAAUCUUGCAAAUUAUUGAAUUAUCAUUGAGUUCAUCUAGACAGUGUCAUCAAUUUUGGAAGAAUUUAGGCAAGUUAGACAACAAUGUGCAAGUAAGAUAUUUAACCAAGAUAAACAAGACAUUAUUACAUUGUUCAAAAUAUGAUCGAGAUUUACUUAAACAGCUUAUUAAUACCGAAUUUAUCGACUAUUCCUUAGAUUAUUUGAAUAAGUUGCAUGAUAAGACAUUUACUACUAGUCAGAAACAAGUGGUCAAUCACAUUAUUUUCAUUGUUGGAUCGAUUAUUGACAACAAGCUAGUGAAAAGUGAGCAAGAAAACAUUCUUCCUAUACAAAAUUUCAUUAUUAAGUUAAUUACUAUUUUGAAAAACUUGAAGUUGGGUAAACUUUUGCUGUUCUUAUUGUUGAAGUCCAAAACAAUUUUAACAUCGGACCAAAUUGAACACUUGUCACAUAGUAAAAUUAUCAAACACGAUUUACAAGUUCAGGUAAAAACCGAAGACAAUGUCAUAAAUUAUACUUCAAUUGCAAGUUUAAGCAUAACUACAUUAUCCACAGAAAAACAGUCAGACUUCUACAAGACUAAAAGAACAUUUUGGUUGAUUAAAAUUAUUGGUAAUUUUGAGUUUGACAAUAUUGCUAAUAUGUUUGUUAAUUUUAUGCCCAGUGGUUCUUCUCCUUAUACAUUGGUAUAUGAAUUCAUCCAAACUUUUAUUACUUGUUAUGACUUAUUGAAACAUGGUGAUUUCCGCCGUUUUAACUUAAAGAACUUCCUUGUAACUAGAGUCCCUUCAAUAUUGGGUUUCUUUAAAAUAUCGGACGAAGAUAUACAAACAGUUGUAGAGAAUGUCUUUGCUGACCAUACUGAGUUAAAGAAUGAUUUCACUAAAAGUUUAGCUCUUAAUAGGAUGUUACCAACUGACAAAUACCCUAACGAUGUCACAAUUCCUGAAUUGAAUCUUAGACAACGGUUUAAUGAAAAGCUUUUAAAUAUAAAUUCAGAAUUUACGUCACUUGAAGAAUCAGGAUUAAUCGAAUUCAUGCACGCCCUACCAAAUGACCUACAAUAUCUGAAAUCUCACCAACUCGAACUUAGUUCUAUUAUAGUUGAAAUUAUCAAUGAUUUAAUCCUGGGUAAAGAUUUCGAGAAAUUGAACCGAAUACUCCUUUGUAUUAUGAACAAUAUUGAAUUACUUAAUCUUAUUAUGUUCAAUUGUGAACGAGCUUAUUCUGUGUUGUACCAACUUAUUGACUUUAUUGAUUCUACACAGUUCAAUAUUGAUGACGAUGAUGAAAAUUUUCAAGACACAUUUACAUAUUUUGGUGUGACUGUAUUAGCCAUUAUAUUGAUUGUACAUCAUUUUAAACUUGACUAUUCCUUCAGCAUAAAGAAUUCCUUUAUCCUUGAUUAUAUUAAUAAUUUCUAUUAUGGGUUAUGUGACAACUUAACCAAUCAAGAAACAGAUGAUGAAGAACAGAUUGUUAACUAUAAUAAUUUGCUUACGGAUUGGAUUAAUGCCUUGUUUGACGAUAAUAAUGAUGGAUUGUCGGACGAGUUAAUAAAGUCAGUCAACAUUAAACAAAUUUAUAAGUUGAUUCCAAUUGUGUACCAACAGGCUAUUAUUGCUACAUCUUCAGGAAAGUUGGGUUAUGCCAGUUUGACUAAUGGAUUGGACUAUCUAAGUCAAUUGUUUUUGAUCCCUUCAACUGUAAGUUUGAUAAGUUGGUUAGUGAAAGAACUAAACUUAUUACAAAAGUUGGAAGCAGAUAAUGCCCAUUUGAAAGUUCUUAGUGAGAUUAUCAAGUCUAAUACCAGUGGCAAUUCCCAAGAAAUUUCCGUGUUGAUAUUCAAGAUUAUUCUAAAUAUUCACGGAAAUAAUAUUUAUAAGACAAUCACAAAGUUCAAAGAGUGGGAGGGUAUUCCUAUUGCCAAGGAAAUAAUAACAGCAGUAGGUACUUAUAAUAGCGAAACUGCCAUCUCCAAAGAUUUAAAUGUUUGUGAAACUAUUAAAUUACAAUUAUUGAACAAGGGCACUACUCUACCAAUUGACUUUAUAAUUGAAUAUAUUGAAAAGAAUAAAGCUCAAGUUAUAUGGUUCUUGAUAUAUGAGGUUUACAAUUUCCAAAAAUCAAACGAUGAAGAAUUGAAAUAUUUUAUCAACUUAAUGGUUUAUUUGAUUAUUAUAUAUUCACCAAGUACCAAGGCUUUACAGGGUGUUGGUGUUGAAAAUGGCACAAUUGGAGUCACAGAUAAGUUUGUAUUGACCAUACAAGACCACUACAGCUCAAUCUUUGAUACUAAACUUGAGCCAAAAGAAGAAGAUCUUGAUAUGUUGAAUGAUGACUUAUUUAAUGAUUUACCAAAUACCAGUUCCACCAGUCAAAAAUUAUUAAAAUUAAAUCUGGAAAUCAGUUUCAAGAAAAGUUUACUUGGUGAAUUUAGCAAGAUCAAAAGUGAUAAUCAUAGUUUAUUUGAAAAGUCAAUUAAAAUUCUCAAUGAUAAGAUUUUAGACGAGUUGAAUAAAAUAUAG